GGGAGAUAGAGGAUAGAGAGUCAGAUUAGUGGAGCUGAAUUCUGUUGGAGCUCUGGAUUUUCCUCCUUUCUUUCAGUUUUCCUUGUGGGAUGGAAACUGAUCAACCAAGUGACUGAUUGAUUGAAAUUGACAUCUGUAGCAGGAAGACAGUGGAUUCAUUAGAGAUUUUCACUUGGCAGGUGGAUGUGGAUCACUUGUUGGUGAAGCAGAGGAAUUAGAGGAGCUGAUGAGGAUCAUAGCUGCUGGACUCUGAAGAUGAAGAUGGUCGUUGGUGUUCGGAGCUGAAAGCAACGGAGAUGUACGAGGAGAGCCGCACAAGUAAUGGUCGUAACGGCUAUGCCAAAGCGGUGGAUGGGGAGGGUGGUGGCGCGGAUGGGGAGGAAGAGGAGGAGGAGGAAGGAGGAGAGGCUGAUGGAGGAGGAGAAGACAUGGGAGGUGAGGAGAGGGAUGCAGAGUGGGAUGAGGAGCUGGACGGAGGGAAUGAGGGAGGCGUGAGGAUGACCAGGACUGACACGCUUCACUCGACGACGAGUUCCACCGCAACUCAGAGAAGAAGAGGGCAACACGCUAAGAAACAGGUGCAGGGCAGUAACCAGGUCCAGCGAGCUCCACGAGCCUUAUUCUGUCUGAAACUCAACAAUCCAAUCAGACGCGCCGCGCUCUCCAUCGUAGAGUGGAAACCAUUUGAUAUCUUCAUCCUGUUAGCCAUCUUUGCCAACUGUGUCGCUCUAGGAGUUUCCAAACCCUUUCCUGAGGAUGACUCCAACUCCACAAACCAUGACCUGGAACAAGUGGAGUACGUCUUCCUCAUCAUCUUCACCAUAGAGACCUUCCUUAAGAUCCUGGCCUACGGACUCGUGAUGCAUCCCAGCUCCUACAUCCGCAACGGCUGGAACCUGCUCGAUUUUGUCAUCGUCAUCGUCGGAUUGUUCAGUGUUGUCCUUGAGACGAUGACCCACAAGUCUGGUGGGGAGCAGGCGAACACUCAUCACGUGCCAGGGAAACCUGGAGGUCUGGACGUCAAAGCUCUGAGAGCCUUCCGAGUCCUGCGGCCCCUCAGACUGGUCUCUGGAGUCCCCAGUUUGCAGAUUGUCCUGAACUCCAUCAUGAAGGCGAUGGUUCCUCUGCUCCACAUCGCUCUGCUGGUCCUCUUUGUCAUCAUCAUCUACGCCAUCAUCGGCCUGGAGCUCUUCAUCGGACGGAUGCACAGAACCUGCUACUACAUUGGAGCAGAAAAUUACGUCGAAGAUGAACCGGUGCCUUGUGCGUUCGCCGGUCACGGCCGUCAGUGCCUCGUCAACGGCUCUGAGUGCCGGCUCGGCUGGGACGGACCCAACGGGGGAAUCACCAACUUCGACAACUUCUUCUUUGCCAUGUUGACGGUGUUCCAGUGCAUCACCAUGGAGGGCUGGACCGACGUGCUGUACUGGAUGAAUGACGCCAUUGGCUUCGAGCUGCCCUGGGUUUAUUUCGUCAGUCUGGUGAUAUUUGGCUCAUUCUUCGUUCUCAACCUGGUUCUGGGAGUCCUCAGCGGAGAGUUCAGUAAGGAGAGGGAGAAGGCCAAGGCUCGAGGAGAUUUCCAGAAGCUGCGGGAGAAGCAGCAGAUGGAGGAAGAUCUGUGCGGAUACAUGGACUGGAUCACUCAGGCGGAGGACAUGGAUGAGCUGGACGAGGACGGAAACCCACGGCCGUCUCUGGGCGAUUUGUCUGAUAAGAAGAGGGGGAAGUUCGGAUGGUUCAGUCACUCCAACGACACCCAUGCAAGCCUUCCUGCCAGCGAGACGGCGUCUACAAACACAGAGAACAUCGAUGAAGAACACACCAACUGCUGCCAGGCCUGCUGCGCCCAGAUGAUGAAGUUCAGCUGCUGUCGGACACUGCGUCGCUGGAAUCGGGUCUGCCGCAGAAACUGUCGCACUGCCGUCAAAUCGGUGACGUUCUAUUGGGUGGUGCUCCUGCUCGUCUUCCUCAACACCUCCCUCAGCGCCUCGGAGCACUACAACCAACCGGUGUGGCUGACACAGGUUCAGGACAUUGCCAACAAGGUUCUACUGUCUCUCUUCACGGUGGAGAUGUUGCUGAAGAUGUACAGUCUUGGUCUGGCUCAUUACUUCACGGCGUUCUUCAAUCGCUUCGACUGCUUCGUGGUGUGCGGUGGCAUCAUGGAGACCAUCCUGGUGGAGCUGGGGAUCAUGCCUCCUCUGGGCAUCUCCGUGCUGCGCUGCGUCCGCCUGCUGCGGAUAUUUAAGGUCACCCGCCACUGGACAGCUCUGUCCAACCUGGUGGCGUCCCUCCUGAAUUCCAUGAAGUCCAUCGCCUCGCUGCUACUGCUGCUCUUCCUCUUUCUUAUCAUCUUCGCUCUGCUCGGCAUGCAGCUGUUCGGAGGGAAGUUCAACUUUGAUGAAACACAGACUAAACGCAGCACCUUCGAUGCCUUCCCACAGGCGCUGCUCACCUGUUUCCAGAUCCUGACAGGUGAGGACUGGAACAUGGUCAUGUAUGAUGGCAUCAUGGCGUACGGCGGUCCCGUCUUCCCAGGAAUGAUCGUUUGUAUUUACUUUGUCAUCCUCUUCAUCUGCGGUAACUACAUCCUGUUAAAUGUUUUCUUGGCCAUUGCUGUGGACAACCUGGCUGGAGGAGACGGCGAUGACAAGAAUAAAGAAGAGAAGAAGGACGGGGCAGAGGAGGCAGAAGGAGAAGUAAAGGUGGACAUCGAUGAAGACACAGAGUAUGAGGAGGAAGAAGAGCCUCCAGAAGGAGAUGAAGAUGGAGGAGCCCAACUGAAGAUGCCAGAUCUUACUCCUCCAAAAGAGAAAAUUCUUCCAAUACCAGAAGGCAGUGCAUUCUUCUGCUUCAGCAAAACAAACCCAAUCCGAGUUGGAUGUCACAUUCUGAUUCAUCAUCACAUCUUCACCAACCUCAUCCUCGUCUUCAUCAUCCUCAGCAGCUGUUCAUUGGCCGCCGAGGAUCCAAUCAGAGCACACUCGUUCAGAAACAACGUUCUUGGGUACGCGGACUACGCUUUCACCUCCAUCUUCACUGUGGAGAUUCUACUGAAGAUGAUGGUCCACGGAGCGUUCCUCCAUCAAGGCUCGUUCUGCAGGAACUGGUUCAACCUGCUGGACCUGCUAGUUGUCAGCGUCUCAUUGGUCUCUUUCUUCCUCCACUCCAGCGCCAUCUCUGUGGUGAAGAUCCUCCGAGUCCUCCGUGUGCUCCGACCUCUGAGAGCCAUCAACCGAGCCAAAGGACUCAAGCAUGUGGUCCAGUGUGUGUUUGUGGCCAUCAAGACCAUCGGGAACAUCAUGAUCGUCACCACGCUGCUGCAGUUCAUGUUUGCCUGCAUCGGAGUCCAGCUCUUUAAGGGAAAGUUUUACCGCUGCACAGACGAGGCCAAACACAAUCCUGAGCAGUGCAAAGGGACCUUUGUCGUGUAUAAAGAUGGAGAUGUGACCCAUCCGAUGAUCAGAGAACGGAUCUGGUUGAACGGCGAGUUUAACUUUGAUAACGUGCUGAUGGGGAUGAUGGCGCUCUUCACCGUGUCCACCUUCGAGGGCUGGCCUGCGCUGCUGUACAAAGCCAUUGACGCCAACGGGGAGAACUCCGGUCCCAUCUACAAUUACCGAGUGGAGAUCUCCAUCUUCUUCAUCGUCUACAUCAUCAUCAUUGCCUUCUUCAUGAUGAACAUCUUUGUGGGUUUUGUCAUCAUUACCUUCAGAGAGCAGGGGGAGCAGGAGUACAAAAACUGUGAGCUGGACAAGAACCAGAGGCAGUGUGUGGAGUAUGCUCUGAAGGCUCAGCCUCUGAAACUUUACAUCCCAAAGAACCCCGUCCAGUAUAAGUUCUGGUCCAUUAUCAACUCGACAGGGUUUGAGUACGUCAUGUUCGUCUUGAUCCUGCUCAACACUGUCACGCUCGCUAUUCAGCAUUACAAACAGUCCGAAACCUUCAGCUACGUCAUGGACAUCCUCAACAUGGUCUUCACUGGACUCUUCACUGUGGAGAUGCUUCUGAAGCUGCUUGCUCUCAGAGCCAGACACUACUUUAUUGACCCCUGGAACUCCUUUGAUGCUUUGAUCGUGGUUGGCAGCGUGGUUGACAUCGUCGUCACUGAGUUCAGCAGCGGAGAUGACAGCUCCCGGGUGUCAAUCACUUUCUUCCGCCUGUUUCGAGUGAUGCGAUUGGUCAAGCUCCUUAGUAAAGGGGAGGGGAUUCGCACGCUGCUGUGGACUUUCAUCAAAUCACUGCAGGCGCUGCCGUAUGUCGCUCUGCUCAUCGCCUUGAUCUUCUUCAUCUACGCCGUUGUCGGCAUGCAGACGUUUGGAAAGGUUGCGAUGCAGCCUCACACUCACAUCAACAGAAACAACAACUUCCAGACGUUUCCGCAGGCAGUCCUCCUGCUCUUCAGGUGUGCCACAGGCGAGGCGUGGCAGGAGAUCAUGUUGGCCAGUCUUCCAGGUAAACGCUGCGACCCUGAGUCGGACUACGAGCCGGGAGAGGAGUUCACCUGCGGCAGCAGCUUUGCCAUCGUCUAUUUCAUCAGCUUCUUUAUGCUGUGUGCUUUCCUGAUCAUCAACCUGUUCGUCGCUGUCAUCAUGGACAACUUUGACUACCUGACCCGUGAUUGGUCGAUUCUGGGCCCACAUCAUCUGGAUGAGUUCAAGAGGAUCUGGUCUGAGUACGAUGCAGAGGCAAAAGGUCGGAUCAAACACCUGGACGUAGUGGCUCUGCUCCGGAGGAUUCAGCCUCCCCUGGGAUUUGGAAAGCUCUGUCCACACAGAGUGGCCUGUAAGCGUCUGGUGGCGAUGAACAUGCCUCUAAACGCAGACGGGAUGGUGACCUUCAACGCCACACUCUUUGCUCUGGUUCGCACUGCGCUGAAGAUCAAGACUGAAGGAAACCCUGAUCAGGAGAAUGAGGAGCUGAGGAUCAUCAUCAAGAAGAUCUGGAAGAGAAUGAAGCCAAAGCUGCUGGACGAAGUCAUUCCACCACAUGAAGAGGAGGAAGUCACCGUUGGAAAGUUUUAUGCAACAUUCCUGAUCCAGGAUUACUUCAGGAAAUUCAGGAAGAGGAAGGAGAAGGGUGAUCUGACUGGGGAGGCGGACGCUACCAACCCGUCUGCUAUCCAGCUUUGUAAAGCCGGUCUGAAGACUCUGCAGGAUCUGGGUCCAGAGAUGCGCCUGGCUCUGAACCAAGACCUGGACGAGGAGGAGGAGGAGGAGGCCAUGAUGGAGGAAGAGGAGCUGGAGGACAGCGCUGAGCACAAAGCUGAGGACGGCUUUGGAGCAGAGAGGGAGCGGCGUGGCUCCAUACUGACACCGACCGGUUCUGGAGGGGUCGUCGGUGACGGCGGUGUCUCUAAUGGAGGUCCAAUCCACCGCGUCGGCUCUCUCACCAAGAUGGCCAAUGGGAAUGAACCUGACGAACAUCUCCGCCGCGGAGACAGCUUGAGGUCAUCUGUGAAUCAUCACCAGCGGCAUGCAUCUGGAAGGAACGGCGUGCUGGACCACGGCCACAAAAGGCCGUCGUUUUACAAACAUGAAAGGAGGGACUCGAGGGACAGGUCCUGGAGGAACGGAGACAUGGAGGCGUACGGAGAGCAGGGUUACUACAGCCGCGAGGAGGACAAUGACAGCAUCUCUUCUAGAGACAGACCUUACUAUGACGACUCUCCUCUGUACAGAGACAACUAUGAUGAACACAACCCCUACAUCAACAGCAGCUAUGGAAACGGAUACAACGAGGGCAGGAGGACAACCCGGAGACGACUACUUCCUGCCACGCCCACGGGUCGGAAGCCAUCAUUUAACCUCCAGUGUCUGAGGCGGCAGGGCAGCAGUGACGACCUGCCCAUCCCUGGGACGUACCACCCAACAUCACCGCCCCGCCGCCCACGCGCCCAGACGUUCAACAACUACGACUCCCGCCGCUCCUCCGGCCGAUCCUCCGGCCGAUCCUCUGGCCGCCCCUCAGCAGCCUCCUCAGCAUCCUGGGCAAACCCGUGUCCUCGCCGCGGUCGCCUCCUCUACGCCCCUCUCAUCCUGGUGGAGGAGGAGGAAGGCCAACAGCCCUGGGAGGAAGAGGGAGGAAGACCUGGUGUGGAGGGGGAAAAGGGAGGAGUAGGAACAGGUGUGAGCGUGACAGGUGCAGCACCCAGACCAGCGUGGUACGGCAGCCCUGCAGAAAUGUCAGCGCCGCCCCCAUACCGGGCCUACACCACCCUGCGGGUCCCCUCACAGCUGGGCACGCCUUUCACAGAGAAACGAGGAUCAGCUGACAGUCUGGUGGAGGCGGUUCUGAUCUCAGAGGGAUUGGGACUGUAUGCACGAGAUCCAAAAUUUGUGGCAUUUGCAAAGCGGGAGAUUGCUGACGCGUGUCACAUGACGGUGGACGAGAUGGAAUCAGCUGCCAGUGACUUGCUCGGCUCGGCGAGCCACGGUUUCCUCGGCAACGCUGACCCGGCCGCGCUCUACAGUGACGAGGAACCAAUCAGGACGGGCCGCGAUGAAGACGAACUGGCUGAUGAGAUGACCUGCGUGACAUCAUUCUGAUACUCUGGACCAUCCAGAGGCACCGAAGGAGUGAAGGAGGCAGGGCAUUUUUGGUCAACUCAUGUUUGGCUUUGAUUGACAGUACAGUCAAAACCUGUCACGGGAAGGAGGCGGAGUUUAGUCCCAGGAUACUGAUCAGAGUUGACCAAUAAGAGAAGACAAUGUGGUUGACAAGGAUGGGAACCUGUUAGGAAGGAAUGCAUGACGUUUUCUGGAAAAAAGAUAAGACGGAAGAGUAGAGGAGGACAAAAAGCAGAAGUUAGAAGUUAAAGAAAAAGAAUGAAAGGGGAGAGGAGAUUAAGAACAAUGAAGGUGAAGGAAAGUGGUUCAGAGACGGAGGACAGGUGGAGUGGAGAAUGGAGGGUGAAAAGACAAAGUAAACAAGGAAAGAUGGCCACCAGCCGCAUUUGUCGUUGUGGGAUUUUGGAAAUUUAGGGUUGCUAAGCGACAUGCUAUUAUUUUUUAUCGUUGUAAUCACCUUUUUCAAAAAUGACAUUUAUAUAAAGGAAAAAAACGUUUGACUUAGAAAAUAAUGAGGUGCGGAGAGAAAACUGGUUGGAUCAGACUUGGGAGCCGUGGAAGUUUUUUCAACAGUUCACUUGUUCACAAUAUCUGCACAACCGUACCAGCUGAGCUUUAAUAUGACCCACGGGAGCACCCGCUAAACAGUGCCCCCACAAACAAAAGACACUACUACACAUCUGGAGCAAACAACUGGACGAUUGCUGAACCCCAAAUACCACUUGAAUCUUAGUUUUACAUGUUGGAGCAAACAUCUUUCUCAGUUGCUGCGAUUAAAGCCUCUCUGAGUA